AUGGUGUUGGAGAGUCUGGUCGCCAACUUGCUCAAUCGCUUUCUGGGCAUGUAUGUGCGCAAUUUCGAUCCGAAGCAGCUGAAUGUUGGUAUCUGGUCAGGAGACGUCAAGCUGCGCGACCUCGAAUUGCGGCGCGAAGCUCUCGAUCAAUUCCACCUUCCUCUGAACGUUGUCGAAGGCCAUAUCAGUAGUUUGGUUCUGAAGAUACCGUGGUCGAAUCUGCGUGGCCAGCCUGUGCGAAUACAAAUCGAAGAUGUCUUCUUGCUGGCUGCGCCGAAGGAGGAUCAAGAAUACAAUGCGGAGGAGGAAGAGAAGCGUGCACAUGCCGUCAAGAUGGAGAAGCUGGACAGUGCUGAGCUGCUGAAGGAACGCAAUACUGAGGGCAUGUCUCAAGAGGAGCAACAGAAGCAGCAAUCCUUCACUGCCGCUCUCACUACAACCAUUAUCGAUAACGUGCAGAUCCAGGUCAAGAAUGUGCAUAUUCGAUACGAAGAUGCACUCUCCGCACCAGGACAUCCUUUUGCUGCGGGUUUGACGCUGCAGGAGCUCAGUGCUGUCUCCACUGACGAGAACUGGAAGCCCACAUGGAUCGCCGGCACCAGCGCCACCACACACAAGCUCGCCACAUUGGGAUCUCUUGCUGUGUACUGGGAUACUGAUGCAGAACUCCUGGGCAGCGGCACUGGCGAGCAGCAGGACCUCGACCAUCAAGCGACCAUGGACAAGUUCCGCGAGCUCAUCAUCAAGAGCGACAGUGAAGCGAUCAAAGACCAUCAAUUCAUCCUCAAGCCUGUUUCUGGUCGAGCUGGUUUGGAGAUGGACAAGACCGGCAAGUACGAUCGACCGAAGAUGAAGGCACGUCUGCUGUUCAACGAACUUGGUUUCGUGUUGGACGAUCAGCAAUAUCGCGAUGCGCUUAUGCUGGUCGAUCUCUUCCAUUACUUUAUUCGGCAUCAAGAGUACCGAAAGUAUCAGCCGGAGAAAUCGCCCAAGGAGGAUCCGCGCGCCUGGCUUCAAUUCGCUGCCAAGGCAGUGCUUGAUCGAAUACACGACAAAAACAAGCGCUGGUCGUGGGCGUUUUUCGCAGAACGACGAGAUGACCGCAAACGAUACAUCGAGCUCUUCAAAAAGAAGAAGCGCGAAGAGAAGCUCACGCCGGAAGAAACCACUGAUUUGGACAAGCUUGAACACAAGCUCACGUACGAGGAUCUUCGCUUCUGGAGAUCUCUGGCGCGAAAUGAGCUGCGAAAGGAGGGCUUCAAAAAGCCGCAACCGCAGAAGUCCACAUGGACAGGCUGGCUCUGGGGAUCAUCGAACCAGAAAUCGCAGAGUGAUACUGCUGAUGAUAGUCAGAUGUCAGAAGAGCAACGAAAAGAGCUUUACGACGCCAUCGCAUUCGAUGAAAAGAAGAGCAUUGCAGAGUCGGUUGAUGCACCUCGAGAAGCAGUCAAGAUGCAAGUCGACAUGAAUCUGAAGACCGGUAGCUUCACGCUAAAGCGCGACCCACAUGGCAAGAAGCAGGAAAUGCUUCGGCUGCUGUUUGAUGACUUUAGUACCGAGUUCAUUCAGCGAACCGACUCCACUCUGGUCGAUCUCAGCCUCGGAGGCAUGCGUCUCUACGACGGCUCGACCGAAGGCAAUCUCUUCGAGCAGAUGCUCACAGUCAAGGAUGCCCCUCCUGUUCCUGACAAAGACAGAGUUCAGGAGCUGGGUGAAGAUGGCAAGCCAAUCCAUAACGAUGAGGACGAUGAGGAAGAACCUGAUCCAUUCUUCGCACUCACCUUCGAGAACAAUCCGCUCGACCACCGUGCAGACACUGCCUUGACCGUGAAGCUCAAAGCUAUGGAGAUUGUCUACAACCCCAACUUUGUCGUUCAAGUCACGAAGUUCUUCAAGCCUCCAGAGAAACACAUGGAGUCUAUUGGAGCUUUGAUGGAGUCGGCAGGCUCGACAGUCGAGGGGAUCCGGCAACAGACGAGGGCAGGUCUAGAAUUUGCUCUCCAAGAGCACAAAACUAUUGACGUGCAGCUGGAUCUGCAGGCACCUCUAAUCAUCGUUCCAGACACUGUCACCAAGAAGAGCACUAUCUGUCUCAUUCUAGAUGCCGGUCAUGCCAGCGUUCGAAGUGAUCUGAUAGACAAGGAGACACUGCAUGACAUUCAGAACAAGCAGAAGCAGCAGUACAGCGAGAAAGACUUUCAGAAGCUGGAGUCGCUUAUGUACGAUAAAUUUCAGCUGAAACUGGAGUCGACACAGGUCCUCAUCGGUACGACCGUCGAAGAUACCAAGUCGCAGUUGGAAGAAAAGGCAGAAUCUCGCAGCUACCAUUUGGUCGACAAGAUCAACAUGGACUUCCAGAUUGCUACCUGCAUCAUCCCGAAGGCCACCGAUCUGACCAAGUUCAAGAUAUCUGGACACUUACCGCUACUCCGAGCCAAGUUCUCUGAUGAGAAGUACAAAUCGCUCAUGAAGCUUCUCGACUUUGCGAUUCCAAAGUUCGAUCAAGACGAGACGGCGAAGAAGAAAGAUCAUCGUCUAUCAGUCCAAGAAGACAAGCUGAAGGCCCGACGCAAGAGCGACGCAUCGAGACCUCGCAGCAGGUCCUUCCAACCUGGUCAAGCAGAUCUGGCAAAUGAGGUCGAACAGGGCGCUGAGAAGAAACAGCGUGACCGGCAGCGAGGCGGCAGCAAAGAGCAAGCGAAGAAGGAGCAGGAGAAAAAUCCAGCACAGCGCAACUUCGAGUUCAAAUUUACCGUGGACAAGUUGCAGGGCUCUUUGUACAAAGCAGAUCCGAAGGGCAAGGAAGAUCGGCUGCUCGUUGAUCUUAUCGCCGAGACUUUCUUCUUAGAAUUCUACCAGCGGCCAUUUGACAUGGUGGCCGACGUCCGCCUGCGCUCGCUGGCUGUCGAGGAUCACGUCGAAGAGAGCCCCGCUGAGGAGUUCAAGAACUUGAUCUCCAGCGAAGAUCUUGUCACCAAGAAGCAACAAGAUCUGCUCACGAUCCACUUCCAGAUGGUGAACAAGGAUCAUCCUGAAUUCCAGAGCAAGUACGAGGGUAUCAAGACCAAUCUUGAUGCUAACGUUUCCACCAUCAACCUGAUGGUCACUCGAAAGACACUUCUGACCUUGCUGGACUUUGUCAUGGUCACCUUCGCGCCUCCGCAAGACGCGAACGCCCAGCAGAGCGCACCAAAGAAAGCACUUGAAGACAUUGAUGAGGAGAGCGAACUGCAAGAGCAGAGGCCUGAGGCUGCUGACAAGAUUCGCAUCAAGGCCAACUUGAACCGCAUUGCUGUCAUUCUCAACAAUGAUGGCAUACGUCUGGCGACUCUCAGCUUAACUUCUGCCGAAGUCAACGUCUUCCUCAUGGGCAAGAAGAUGAAAGUCGACGCCAGAUUAGGUGCUCUUGACCUUGUUGAUGAUGUCAAUCUGGGCGUCUCAGAAAACUCUGCUCUGAGACAGUUGGUCUCGAUACAGGGCGAUGACCUCGCUGACUUCAAGUACGAGACAUACGAUUCCGAAGCCUCAGACUAUCCCGGGCAUGAUAACUCGAUCUUCCUCCGCUCAGGAUCGAUCAAGGUCAAUUUUGUCACUGAGCCAUUCCGAAAGAUUAUGGAGUUCGGUGUCAAAUUUGGCAAGAUGCAGGCCAUCUUUAAUGCUGCGAGACAGGCUGCUGCAAAUCAAGCGACAAAGGUGCAAGAAUCUGCUGGCAAGAUGCAUUUCGACAUCCUGAUCAAGACACCUAUCGUUGCGUUUCCGCGCAUGGUCAUUACUGACAAUCCCGAGCGUGACACGGUGACUGCAUAUCUCGGUGAGAUCUACGCCAACAACAAGUUUGUGCCGCUUGAAGGAGACGAUGCAGGUGAUACCGCCAACAAGCUGUCCGCUGGAGUUCACAACAUUCGCUUGACCACGAACUUCCACUAUGCUGCGAAGCAAUCGGAGGAGCUUGAGAUGAUAGACAAAGUCAAUCUUGACUUCAACAUCACGCAGACGGAGCACAAGCCAGGCCGAGACCGGCCAGACAUGGAGAUUGAGGGAUCGAUGUCGAACAUCAAUAUGCGCCUCACUGAAGCCCAGCUCAAAUUCGUUCUUGAGCUGUCCAGAAACAUUCCACAGGCGUUUGCACUUGAGGACUCCGAUGAACUGGAGGACCAGGCAGAGGAAGAAGUGCAAGACGAUAUUGUGGAGCAAGCGCAAGCAGUGCAGUCCACCAACGGGCAAAAGACACCGCCGAAGGUCGAAGUGACGAAGCCGACACACCUAUCACCUGAGCUAGGCACAGAUGAGGACGCAUGGACGAAGCUCGACCUGAUCUUCAAGGUCGGCGCUAUUGGUCUUGAGCUAAUCAAAGGCGAAGGCGAUAAGCCAGUCGGUGAUCUCGAAGCUGCCAGUCUCUCGAAAUUCUCGCUCAAUGAGACAAGUGUUAAGCUGCGCAUGAUCAGCGAUGGUGGCCUUGAAAGCGAGCUGCUCGUGCAGUCCUUCACCAUCACUGACACACGUACGCGCGAAAAGAACAAGUUCCGCAAGAUCAUGUCGUUGAUCAAUGACGAUGUCAAGCAGCAAUUUAUGGCCAGCGUGUCGAUAUCUGGCGGCAGCGAGAAGCACUUGAUUGCUCUGCUUACGAUUGACAGUCCACGGAUCAUCUUGGCCCUCGACUACUUAUUCGACGUUCUGAACUUUGUGCAGAAUGGUUUGAAGCAGGAUGCGCCACUUGUCGUCGAGGAAGAAAGUGACCAGUCGGAAGAUCCUGCCAGCCCUGACGAUGCUAGCAUCUCAACUCAAGAGCUUGUGGAUCGCAAGCGUGCCGAGCAUGAACAGAAACAAGAGGAUGAGCCUGCAGGCAUGAGUAUCUCGUACCGCGUUAAUAUGGUGGAUGUCCAGGUCAUACUCAUCGCAAACCCAACCAUCAGCAAUUCUGAAGCGAUUGUUCUCAGCACCAAGCAGGUCUUGGCUUCCCAGCAGCACGCCAUGACUUUGCAGGUAGAGAAGGUCGGCAUGUUCCUCUGCAGGAUGGACCAAUUCGAGACCAACCGACUUCGCAUCCUUGACGACUUUAGCAUUCAAACGUCGCUGGAUAUGCGCUCGCAAAGUCGCGACUCUUCCUUGACAAGCAUGCAUGUCGACAUUGAACCGCUAGUGCUUCGUCUCUCGUUGCGCGACAUUAUGCUCGCAAUGCAGAUCUUCAACCGGGCUUCUGCGAUGUCCGGCGGCGGCGACAAGAAGAUGGACGAAGAAGGCCCGAAGAAACUAGAGCAAGUCAAGAAGCAAUCUGCAAAGUCUCAGAAGCAAGCCAAGUCUACCAAGCGCACCGCUGCGUCAACGUCGAAAGUGCAAUCACAAAGCAUCAGCACGAAGAAGACAAGCCAGAAGUCUAGCCAAGAGCAAGCUGCUGGGCCUGGCUCCGCUGUCUUGAAGCGGGAGGAGAUGAAGGUCUCGAUGGCUGGUAUCCGUGUGGUGCUGAUUGGAGACUUGCAUGAAUUGCCAAUGCUCGACUGGAGCGUCAAGAAAUUCGACGUGGAUGUUCGUGACUGGACGGGCAACAUGACUGCCGAUACCAGUCUCGACACUUUCUUCAAUGUCUACAACUUCUCAAAAUCUGCUUGGGAACCACUCAUUGAGCCUUGGCAGAUGGGCUUCCACAUGAGCAAAGAGACGAAUCCAGACAAGCUCAGUGUCGAAGUGUACUCACGAAAGAGUCUUGAGCUUACCGUAACAUCAGCGACGAUCGCGCUUGCGUCGAAAUCUGCUCGGUUCUUUAGCAGCGACGAGGAUGUCUUGAGCAAGCCACGCGGUAACGACGCGCCAUACCGAGUUCGCAAUUGGACUGGCUUCGACGUGCAUGUCUGGGCGAGCUCGGAUUCCUCCGGUGAUGAUGAAGGACAAGCCGCGAAGCUGAGUGAUGGCGAAGAACAGCCAUGGCGCUUCGAGGACCCGACUACGACUCGUGAAACGCUGUCUCCGGAAGGCCAGACUGGCGUGAUCGGCAUCAGACUGGAAGGCAGCGGCUUCGACAGCAUUGAUCGCAUCCAGGUCAAUCGUGAGGGCGAGUCGCUUUACAAUUUGAAGCCUCGCAAAGAUAAGAUCCAGCAUCGCAUGCUUGUGGAGGUCACUCUGGGAACAGACAACGUCAAAUACAUCACCCUGCGAUCGCCGAUGCUUGUGGAGAACCACACGCAAAUACCGGUGGAACUCGGUAUAUACAGUCCUGAUGAAGGCCACCUGAUCAAAAUCGAGAAGAUUGCGCCUGGCGAGUCUCGGCCGGCUCCUGUGGGUGCGGCAUUCAUGCACUCUCUGGUUGUGAGGCCGGAUCAAGGCUUUGGCUACACUUGGUCGAACGAGCGCCUGCACUGGAAAGAGCUCCUCAAGCGACCUGUGCGAGCACUUACUUGCCACGGCGAGCAAGACGCAAGCUCUCCAUCGUUCUACUUCCAGAUGCAAGCAGUUUUCGACAAGAACAAUCCGCUCACUCAGGUCUAUCCAUAUAUGCGACUCCGGCUGACUGCGCCAAUCGAGGUGCAGAACUUGCUUCCCUUCGACUUCAAAUACCGCAUCUACGACAGAAACACUAAGAAGGACUGGACCAACUUCCUACGCAAGGGUGGCGUCAGCCCAGUCCAUGUGGUAGAGCUCUCUCACUUGCUGCUGAUCAGCGUCGAUAUGCAAGACACUCCUUUCAAGGCAAGUGAGUUUGCUAUCAUCAAUUCGGGCAACGAUCGUGACUUCAAGCGGGAGAAGACUCUGAAGGUGCAAGACAAAAACAAUCUAGAGCUGCGUCUCAAGAUCCACUACUUCAACGUUCCAGACAGUGGCGGGGCCUUCAAGAUCACGAUAUACAGUCCGUAUGUCAUACUCAACCGCACUGGACUUGAGCUCGAUAUCAGAAGCAAAGCGUACUUCGGUGCCACAAAGUCUGCUGCAGGUCAAUUUGCAGACACGGAGGAUGACGGUCAGAAGGCGCAUCCAUUCAUGUUCUCCUUCCCGACGGACGAUCAAAAGAAUCGCGCGCUCAUCAAAGUCGGGCAGUCUGCCUGGAGUCAACCGAUCUCAUUCGACGCGAUCGGAGCGAACAUUGAUGUCAAGCUGCCGGCGGAGUCAGGAAGAUCUGAAAUGCAUUGCGGUCUGAGUGUGACAGAAGGCGAGGGCAAGUACAAGCUGACCAAGGUUGUCAGCGUGACACCACGAUUUAUCGUCAAGAACAAGCUGUCAGAAGACAUUCAGAUCCGCGAACCAGGAUCAUCUGAUGCCGCGACUUUGACGCCUGGCGAAUUGCAUCCUCUUCGCUUUCUCAAGCAGACGACCGGCCAACAGCUGAGCUUGUGCUUCCCUGGCGUUAACAAUUCUUGGUCCUCGCCGUUUGACAUCGCAAACGUGGGAAGCGUGCACGUCAAGCUUGCCAAGGCCGGUGAGAGGCAGAAGCUCAUUCGUGUUGAGAUCUUGAUGGAGCACGCGAUGAUCUACCUUCAUCUCAGCCUAGAAACGAAGCAUUGGCCAUUCUCGAUGCGAAACGAGAGUGACCAAGAGUUUCUGUUCUGGCAGGCCAACCCCCAUGUUGACGAGGACGAAGAGGAUAGGACUUCUGGGUGGAAGCCAAUCCGGUAUCGCUUGCCUCCGAGAAGCAUUAUGCCAUACGCGUGGGACUACCCUUCCACCAAGAACAAGAACCUCAUUCUUUCUGCCAAUGGCAAGGAGCGACAUGUCAAGUUGGCUGAAAUUGGCAAUCUCAUUCCCAUGAGAGUUCCUGCAAAGGCCGAUGGAGGACAACAGAGACCGAAAAUCAUCGACUUGAAUGUCGUUGCAGAUGGCCCUACUCAGACGCUUGUCAUGUCCAAUUACAAACCGCAUAAUAGCUUAUACAAGCAAAAGUCAGCCUCGGCAAGUCAGAGUACUACGGCAGGCUUCGAAGUCAAGGAACAAGACACAAAUGUCACAAUGCGGGCUAGUGUUCGCUUUGCGGGCAUUGGAAUUUCCUUGGUCAACUCACAGCUGCGAGAACUGAUCUACGCUACGUGGAGGGACAUCGAGCUCAAGUACACCGACUCGCCACUUUACCAGACAGUAGCAUUGACCAUCAAGUGGAUCCAAAUCGACAACCAACUCUACGGUGGCAUCUUCCCGCUGCUCUUCUAUCCAUCAGUUGUGCCCAAGACUGGCAAGGAGAUGGAAGCACAUCCGAUUUUCCGUACGACUGUCACAAGAGUCAAGGACGACUCGUAUGGAGUUCUGUAUAUUAAGUACUUCACGUUCCUGAUGCAGCAGAUGACCAUCGAGAUCGACGAGGAUUUCAUCUUCGCCGUUCUGGACUUCACGAAGGUACCUGGUGCCUCCUGGACAGAGGAACAAGAAGGACAGCUUGCUCCAGAAUCUCUCGACGUGCCGGAGCCUGAGCAGGCGCAGUCUGGCCAAGACAUUUACUUUGAACUGCUUCAUCUUCAGCCAAUGCAGUUCGAUCUGUCGUUCGUCCGUACUGAGCGCAUCAAUGCGGAAGACACCGGCUCUAGCAGCAGCAACCCGUUCAUGUUCGCAGUCAAUGUCCUGACAAUGUCCAUUGGCAAUGUCAACGAUGCACCGAUCCGCUAUAAUGCUCUGAUGCUGGAGAAUGCUCGGCUGUCCACAGGAGCUCUGAUCUCGAACAUCCGAAGUCACUAUGUACAGGAGUCUCUCAGGCAGGUUCACAUAGUGAUUGGAUCUGCUGACUUCCUCGGCAACCCCGUUGGUCUCUUCAACACCAUCUCUUCUGGCGUUGCAGACAUCUUCUACGAGCCGUAUCAGGGUCUUGUUACUGACAGGCCCCAAGAUCUCGGCGUUGGCAUCGCAAAGGGAGCUAGCAGUUUCGUCAAAAAGAGUGUUUUCGGUCUCAGUGACAGUGUAAGCAAGUUCACUGGUUCGAUCAGCAAGGGUUUGGCAGCCGCCAGUAUGGACAAGGAGUUCCAAGAUGCACGACGAAUGUCGAGAUGCAGAAAUCGUCCGAAGCAUGCGCUUUACGGCAUCACGUCUGGUGGUAACGCUUUCGCCUCGAGCUUGGCUUCUGGUAUUGGAGGUCUUGCAAGACAGCCUUUGCAAGGUGCUGAGAAGGAGGGAGCUGCAGGCUUCGUAAAGGGUGUCGGCAAGGGUCUCCUUGGACUGCCUACGAAAGCAGCGAUCGGCGCAUUCGACCUCGCAUCCAGCAUGGCCGAAGGCGUGCGAAAUACAACCACUGUCUUCGAUCAGGAAGGUCUUGAUCGUGUUCGAUUGACAAGAUUCAUUGGUGUUGACGGCAUCGUGCGACCAUACUCACAGCGCGAGGCUCUCGGACAGUUCUGGCUGAAGACCAUGGACAACGGCAAAUACUUCAAUGAGAGUUACAUUGCCCAUCUCGAGCUCAACUCCGGCAGUCAAGGCGACUUACAGAGAUCGAAGUCCAACCAGUCCCUCUCUUCCCCUACUAGCGCGAGACCAUCCCAGCAGUCUGAGGCGACGAUGUUGGUCAUGGUGACCUACAACGCUAUCAUGCUUGUGCGCGCUAAGCGCCUCACCAGCGAAUGGGAAGUCCCUUUGAAAGACAUUCAGACCAUUUCCAAGGAGAGAACAGGAAUAAGUAUCAUUCUCAAGGGAGGCACGAACGGACCUUUCGUGCCCAUCGCCGACGAACAGUCCAGGAACUGGUUGUACAGGCAAGUGGCAGUGGCCGUCAACGCCUAUAAUGAUCGUUGGAAUGCAAAGGGUUAAGUGAUAUGAGAGUGGUUUCAGCAGGCAUCAAAAUGGCAUUCAAGGCAAGGCAUCAUGGUGGAAAUAUCAGAACCUGAGACAGCACACCUGGGGCAAGGCACGGCGUUUUCAUUGCAUUAGCGCAUCGGCAUGAGCGAUCUUCAAUUGGCCUCCUCUCCUAUCAUAUCAAAUCUAUCCAAAACCGUUUCAUGAUCCUACUAC